CGAUGACAGCCGCUCUACAGGGAGGGAAGAGUAGAGACGAACUAAUCUGUGUAAACCCAAUAUUUACUCCUUGUUUGACUCAAACGAACAAUGUUGUAUGUUUAAGUGGAACAACCGAAGAGCAUUUUGGACGGAGAGUUAAUCAACCAUAAAGGUUGUCAACAGAAAGUUUCUGUUUGGUUCCAUUUGUGAACUUUGCGUCAUUCAUGCGUCUAAGACACAAUGGCUUCUGAAGUUUUACCGAAAGGGAACCUGAAAGAAGCUGAGGAGCUGGCCCUUUCCCUGGGUGAAGCCAUCAGCAGUGGAGACUCUGAAGAGGCUGCUAAGCUGUGUGAGAAGCUCUCUGCUCUCUCUGUUGCAGUGUCAGUCAGCAUCAAGAACCAUGCAUACCCUCAGGACUCCAUCAGAUUGAUGGUGGGUGUGGAGGAUGCCCAGUCAGAGGACUAUAUUCCAGUGACUCUUGUUGUUUCCUCUGGCAUGAAAAUUUCAGAACUUAAAGAAAAGAUCAGCCAGGACUUUGGGUUCCACCCAACACUCCAGCGCUGGGUCAUCGGUAAACGCCUAGCCCAGGACCAGGACACGUUAUACAGCCACGGCGUUCGCAAGAGUGGAGAUCAGGCUUUCCUGUUUAUCCUCUCUGCCGAUGCUGCCCAUCUCACACGGCACCAACACAAUCAGGACCAGGAACAGCAGCGUUUGGCUAGUAUUGUGGAAUCUCUGCAUUCUAUUGAGCUUCAGCCUAGAGGGGUGGGUGUUGCCGAAAAAAGGGCUCCUCCUCAUAUUCCUCCAAAAAACAUUCCUACUCCCAAACCUCCUUUGCCUCCUAAGCCUCAGGUUGGCUGGAACUGUACGCUGUGCACGUUUCUUAACAAACCAACUCGUCCUGGCUGUGAGAUUUGUGGAGCGGAAAGGCCACAGGACUAUGAGGUGCCAGACGUCUACGAGCCAGACCAGGAGGAAGUUUUGCGUAUUCAACAGGAACAGCUGGCCUUUCAGCUUUAUGAAGAAGCUCAGGAACUGGAACGUCAGCAGAACUACAUGUACCUCUUGGCCACAGAAGAACAGAACCUCAUCCCUAAUACUACAGAGACAGAUUGCCCUAUCUGCAUGUCUACUCUACAGCCAGGAGAGGGGGUUGUGCUAAGAGAAUGUCUUCACACCUUCUGCAGGGAGUGUCUCGCAGGGACAGUCAUAAACAGCCAGGAUGCGGAGGUGUGCUGUGCAGACACGGAUUGUGAGAGCAAGUUAUUGGACAGAGAGAUAAAAGAGCUGCUUACAGAGGAGGAGCACCAGCGUUUUCUAGAGCUGCGUUUGAACAUCGCAGAGAGCCGCUCCGAGCACAGCUUCCACUGUCAGACCCCCAACUGUCGAGGGUGGUGCAUCUACGAGGAUGAUGUCAAUGAGUUCCAGUGCGACCUCUGCAAUGAGACCAAUUGCCUUCUUUGCCGAGCGAUUCACAAGGACAUGAACUGUAAGGACUACCAGGAUGACCUGCGCGUCCGAGCUGAGAACGACCAAGCAGCUCAGCAGACCAAGCAGAUGUUGGAGAACAUGCUGCAGAAUGGAGAAGCCAUGAAAUGCCCAAGGUGUGACAUCAUCGUCCAAAAAAAAGAUGGGUGCGAUUGGAUCUGUUGUCUGAUGUGCAAGACGGAAAUCUGCUGGGUCACUAAACAAGCUCGAUGGGGACCAAAUGGACAUGGCGAUACAUCCGGUGGUUGUAAAUGCCGGGUCAACAACAUGGCUUGUCAUCCCAACUGCCAAAACUGCCACUGAAGCAAAAAAGCACUUAUUAGUUCAACACGACUCAGCCUUAACACUGUGAACUAUUUGGAUUGUAUUAAGCAGCGGAUCCGCAUUACUGCAUUACAUUUUUAUACACAUUAUUAACUAUGAUGGCACACUAACCAUUGUAGGGAAAGGGAAAUGGCAUGCAUCUAUCUACAGCUAAAGAUGCUAACUGUCAAGACCAUGAAAAAUACCUCACUGAGAGUUCCUUCAUUAUCAUACUUUUGAUGAUCAGUCAUGUGUUGUAAGAUUUAACUUUCAGCUGUUUCAUUUAAAACUAUUCCCUCCAAUAACCAGUUUUUGUGCAAACAAAAGGUAAAAAAAAAAACACAUC